CAUUGAAAUUUGAAAACGAUUCGUUCGAGUCGAGCAAAAUGAAAAUCGGAUUACGGACCCUACAUUUUUCUGUUUUGAAAUCAAUUUAAGCAAGUACAAAAUUCAUCUGUUACGUAUCUGUGAUUGUUCCAUGUUCCAAUCAGAUUAAAUUGAAUUGUGUCCUAAAAUUACUGUAAAAUAUAUAAAAUACGGAAAGCGAUCACAAUUUUAUAGUGUGACGAAAAUAACACCAUUUGAUAGAUCCGGUAAUCCAUAAAUUUUACCCUAUCCUGUAGUUUAUGUUAUAUUUGUGCUUAGUAGUUAUUUUGCGGCAACGCGUCGUGUGCAUUGUACAGCAUGGCAAGCGACAAUAAAAUGACAACAACCAGUAAAUUCGCGCUCCCAGUGAACCGAGAUGAAGAUCCAGGUGUAUUAUCUAUAAUUUAUAGAUUUUUUAAAAAGGUGGCAAUAGUAGGUGCAGUUUACUUAGUGGGUUACAUGCAAUGGAGUGUAGCAUGGUUGCUUGGCCCCGUGGUUCUCUCCGUGAUGCGCGACCAGUGGCGCAAAGACAGCGAAUACCGUCGCAACCUCGCCAAAUCUGCUGCGCUGUCUUCCGAGAAGGAUAUCGUUCUUGCACGAUUAGAUGAUCUACCUGCUUGGGUAUUCUUUCCGGAUGUCGAAAGAGCAGAGUGGCUGAAUAGAAUUUUGCUUCAAGUAUGGCCUAAUGUAAACCACUACGCUAGAACUCUUCUAAAAGAAUCGAUAGAGCCAGCGGUGGCCGAGAGUUUGGCAAAUUAUAAACUAAAUGGAUUUAAAUUCGAAAGAAUGAUCCUGGGUACUAUUGCGCCGCGCGUCGGAGGCGUUAAAGUCUACGAUAAGAACCUUUCGAGGGAUGAGAUCAUCAUGGAUGUGGACAUAUUCUAUGCAGGGGACUGUGAUAUAUCAUUCAUUCUUCAACGGAUUCGCGGAGGCAUUAAAGAUCUUCAGAUCCAUGGGAUGAUGCGCGUGGUGAUGAAGCCUUUGAUCAGCAAAAUACCACUAGUGGGCGGACUUCAACUGUUCUUUCUCAACAACCCUUCUAUCGACUUCAACCUCGUCGGCGCUGUGGACAUUCUCGACAUGCCCGGCUUUAGUGACUUACUUCGCCGGUGCAUUGUCGAACAAGUAGCAAAGAUGAUGGUGUUGCCAAAUAAGUUGCCAAUAAAACUGAGCGACGAAAUCCCAACAGUUGAUCUACGCAUGCCCGAACCGGAAGGCGUACUUAGGAUUCAUCUGGUUCAAGCCCAGAAUCUCAUGAGAAAAGAUGUGUCUAUGUUGGGUAAGGGUAAGUCGGAUCCCUAUGCGAUCAUAACAGUUGGUGCUCAACAAUGGAAGACCAAGCAUAUUGAUAACAAUAUCAAUCCGCGAUGGGAGUUCUGGUGUGAGGCGCUAAUAAGUUCAAGAAAGGGUCAGGUGAUGCAGUGCGAGGUGUGGGACUGGGACCCGGGAAUGGGCAUCCAGAAUGAUGACUAUCUCGGCAGGUGCAUUUUAGACAUCUCUCAAGUAGUGCGCGCCGGUCGUCUUGAUACGUGGCAAACGCUUCAACAAGCGAAGACAGGAAAAGUCCAUUUGCGUCUAUCAUGGCACGGAUUAUCCACUAAUUUGUUGGACCUUAGUCACGCUAUAACGGAGACACAGCUAGUAAAGAACGCAGAACUUAGUUCGGCAGUAGUGUCUGUGUACAUUGAUUCUUGCAAGCAUUUACCGAACGCCCGCCCCGGUUCUCGACCAGACCCCUACCUCACAGUAACUGUGUGCAAGAAAACUGAGAACACGGCAGUGCAGAUGCGCACCGAUAGCCCCGUCUACGAGAUCGGAUAUUCUUUCCUCGUGCAGAAUCCAGAAAUUGAUGUGAUGGAAAUUAAGGUUAUGGACCAAAAGACUGGCAGUCAACUCGGACAGCUCACCUUUGGAAUAUCUUCGUUAUUGAAACAAAACAAUCUAACUAUGGUGAACCAACCAAUGAACUUACAAAAAUCUGGUCCUGAAUCCAAAAUCAUCUUAGGCUUGCAAUUAAAGAUCCUCAAAGAAGCAAUCAAAGAGGAAGACGUCGAGGAAGAAACGCCAACAGUACCUAAUGAGACCGAGCCUCUAUUGCCCUCCGCCCCCGCCGAGAGCACAGAUGGACCCGCGACUGCUCCCCUUGUCCCUCUCACGCCGCCCGGCACAGUUUCAGCAAACGCAUCAGUUACAACGACUAAUAGCGACCUCCAAAACUUGGAGGAUUCCGGAUUCAACCCAACCAACCCGUCCCAUGUUUCAACAACAUUUCCAUCAACAACUACAGAUGAUACAUCGAAUAAAUCUGUUCCAGUUGAAGAAAUUAUUAAAGAAGUUGAUGUGCCUCAAGAAAGUCAAAUGCCAUAUGAGCGCGAAUCACCGAAAUUAGUUCACAGGACCUCUUCAUUGACCACGUCAGCGGGUGAAGCUGGCCUUGGUCGCAUCCUGUUAUCUCUUCGUUAUAGUAUGCAAAAUCAAAUCCUGUAUGUGGUUGUACAUAAAAUAAUGAAUAUACCUCUAAAGGACCCAACCAAUGUGCCUGAUCCUUAUGUAAAGCUGUAUUUACUGCCUGGCCGUUCUAAGGAUUCAAAACGUAAGACUCAGGUGAUAAAGGACAGCUGUAUGCCGGAAUUCGACGAGCAGUUCGAGUGGGCGAUCCCGCUGGCCGAGUUGCACUCGCGCCAAGUCGAGGUCACCGUCGCUACACACAAAGGCUUCCUUGGCGGCAGCCCUGUUAUUGGCCAAGUACUAGUGCAUCUGAACCAGUAUGAUUUCCGUGAAGCGAAAACUCUAUGGUUUGAUCUUCUGCCUGAAUCCUCGCCAAGAGAAUAAACUUAAGGAUACAAUUUUGAGAUUUUAUGAGUAUUAAUUUUUAAUAUGUUAGCGCUUAUGCAAAGCUAUUCAAGGAUCUGCUGUUGUGAUAUACAUAAUAUUACCUAUUAUGUAUAUGUAUUUUUAUAUGUUUAUUUUCAUUUGGUAUCAUAUUUCAUCAAUUUCAUUCACAUAACCAGCACACUAUUAAAAUAUUACUAGGACCAAAUCGCUUUUAAUUUUCUUGCUGUACCUUCAGGAAGUUUUUUAGUUUAUUCAGAAUAUUUGUGACUACGAUUUUUAGAAAAUCAUUUAAACUUACAAAAUAUUUUACAUAAACUUAUUUUGCAGUAAUCAGAUAUUAUUAUAUUUUAAGAAAUUUCUUAUGAAUAUGUAACAAAAAACCAUCCUGUUAUUGUGUAUUCAAUAUAAUAAUUUAUUAUGUUGUUAAUGUUAGCGACAGAAAUAUUUAUUUAUAUGAAUGUUUAUUGUUUCAUGAAUGUUAUCAAUGUUGCACUAAUUAUUAUUAAUUCUUUAUAAUUAAGCUUUUAAAUUGUUACUUAAAAUGAACUUUAUCUUCUGAAUAUUUGAAAAUUGAACAUUUAGAAAGUAAGUACCUAUAACAAGUGUUAAAUUAUUAAGCUUUAAGUGUAUGCUUUUUAUAAGUUAUUGGAAUAAUAAAUAUAUUUUUUCUGUA